AUGAUCAAGGGUGGCUUUGUACUGGACAAGGCCGUUCAUGUGGCUGUCAUCACCUUCGAUGACAAUUCCAUUUCGUUGACGACCGACGAGGGCGACUCAAAAAGCAUCAUCACUGACCGACCUAUUGAUAUCAAGGCAUGGCUGGAUGUUAUAUCACUACGAUUCUCUUCCAAUUCUGGGAACGGAGUUUUGAUUUCUGCAUCGGGAGACAACGGACAAGAUGGUUAUCGACUAGAAAUUAUCAACGGCCGUCUCCGACUCGAGAUCAGAAUGGAUGGUGCCGCCAAAACGAUCGAGUGCGGCAGGGACUUGGACGAUGGCCAGUGGCGGACCAUUAUGAUCAGGCGUGACAAAAGAGUGGCCACUCUUGAAUUGCGGACAAGCAACGACCAAAAGGUGCCCAACUGCGAUAGCAAGGUUGAGGUCUCAACGAUGGUGGAGAAGAUGAAGCUUCAAAACUUUGUCAUCGGAGCCGGCAAAUCCAAGCCACAAUUUAAUGGGACGAUCCAAAAGCUAAAAUUCAACGGAAACGAGCUAAUCGAACAAUGCCGAGCGGCGCAAGAUCAACAAAAGUCGCUGCCGGACGGUUUCACUUGUUCGAUGCCUAACCGGCCAAAGAUCAAUACUCAGAUGCCAAAUCCGUCAAAUCCGUUUACGUUUCUGACUCGUGAAGCAUUUCAACGAACUGACAGCAAAAUCCGCGCAGAUAUUCUUUGGAAAAGCUCGCGGAAGUAUCAAGUUCAGAUUGAGCUCAGAACGACAGAAGAAGACGGAUUAAUAUUUUGGGCGGGGCCAGCUGAUCUUGUUAAUCAGGAUGAACGAACGCUCAUCCUCGACCAGAUCAAUAAGAAAGCAAAAGACCCGAAUGUUAGCUGGGCCAUCCUGGAAAUCGUGAAUGGAAGAGUUCAUUGGAUUUGGAAAUUAAAAAGAAGAGCGCCGCAAGUGAUGACUUCAAAUAAAGUCAUAAGCGACAACGAUUGGCACUCAAUUCAAAUAGACGUAACAGAAGGCUCUGUUGGGGACCGCUCUUCAGCCUGGGAUAUCAAUAUUGAUAAAGGACGCAGCCAAGCCGAGCAAUUGCCUUUACGAAACAUUGGGCCAAAAGGAAAAUGGGAAGGCUUUCUGGACAACAGUGCGGUCCUCGUCGGUGGACUGCCAAAAUACCUCUGGGGAACCACGGGCUCACCUGUAACGUCAACAGAAGGUUUCCUCGGCUGCGUCGGUAAAAUACAACUCAACGGGAACACGAUGUUCCUUGAACGACGAGCGCGACAGAUUCAAAAAGGAUGCAGCGGGCCACUGGUCGCAUGCAGUGCAUUUUACUGCAAAAAUGGUGGACUUUGCAGACAAGGCUGGGAUGGGCCAAAAUGCGAUUGCUCUGGAACUUCUUUUAUUGGUGAUACCUGCACAAAACUGGUUGGCGGGCGCGGCGAGUUUUCCAGGGCAGUGGUGCUCGUGCCGCUGCCUUCGGAGGAUUCGCUCUCCACGGACCUGAUCUCUGUACUGAUCCAGGUGCCCGAUAAGGACACGGCCCAAGUCACUAACACCGAGCCGAUCUCCGGACUCCGUUCGCCAAAAAACGAAACCGGGACCGUGGCGACCGUGCAGACCAUUCUGUCUGUCGCAUCAAGUGGCACUAACGACGCCCUCAAGCUCACUCUCGAGGAUGGAAGGCCUAAGUUUGUUUAUGAUAUUGGUGGCGGAGAAACGACCAUGAAAUAUCCGAAGAGAAUCGACGAUGGGCAAUAUCAUCAAAUACGAAUCAAAAGAGUUGAAUCAAAUGCAACAAUGAUUGUCGAUGAUCUACCUGCUGUCACAUCGUCAGGAAAUAACAAAUACUCUGUUUUCAAUUCGCAGUCCGAAAUACAGAUCGGCGGGCGACUCACCGACAAUGAUGUGAUCCUGGAUCCGUUCAAAGGAAAAAUCCUCGGGGUCAAUUUCAACAAAUUCAAAGUCCUCGAAGCCGUCCAAAAAGGCGAAUCAAAGGCCGCGCGGAUAAUUGGAGACGUAACUGUCUCUGCAAUUGAGAGCAAUUUCGACCCAAAAAUCCCAACAUCUACUACGCAGCCGCCAACAACAACGACGGCGGCGCUUGUCCAAGAAAUCACGAGUUAUAGCCUGGCGAUGAACGACUCUGCUGGAUUUUCGAACGCGACGAUGACCAAAGACCCGGACUCGUCUACUCUAACAACAACAUUUUUCACAGUUGCCUUUGCAGCCGGAGUCUUGCUCGUCCUAAUCGUCGCGGGACUUGUCUUCUACAGGUUCAGGAGGCAUUCAAAAGACGACAUCCCAGCCGUCGUGCCGGGAAUAAAGCCAAAACCUCAAAAAGGAAAUCAACCGCCUGGAAAGAACUCUGAAUUUUACGUCUAA